AUGUCCUCACUGGCUACGCUCUUACUCUUGGGGUCAUUCCUGUCGCCUGUCACAUCUAGCAAACUUCCCGCUCAGGCGCAGUUGAUUGAUCAAAAGGCCUUCAAUGUCCUAGAAACAACUCAACCCCCAACGGAAUUCAGUGCAAAGAGUUCCUUUGUACCCCCGGGAUCAACCGGAGAUAGUCUAGCCCAGCGGCCUUUCCAUGUAUACGACAAGGAAUUCCUCAAGAUCAUUGGAGACGAUCCAACUCUAACCCGGAUUGCACACUCUCCAAAGGACCCUCUAUUCCAUGAAGCGGUCGUAUGGUCCAAGGACACAGAUGAAGUAUUCUUUGUCCAGAAUGCAGGCGCUAAGAACGCCGGCACCGGUCUCAAAAAGUCGGCCAUUAUUGAAAAGAUUUCUCUUGCGGACGCUGCCGCUGUCUCCCAUAAGGCUGAUGCCGUGGGUUUGGUCGAUGUGACCACCGUUCCCUCAUCGCCAAUGGUCCUCAACCCUAAUGGUGGGACGAACUACCGAGGAGAUAUCAUAUUCACUGGCGAAGGUCAAGGCGAUAAUAAGCCGCCUUCUUUGUGGGUUAUGAACCCGAAGGAGCCAUACAACACUACAGUGAUUCUGAACAACUACUUCGGUCGCCAAUUCAAUUCUUUGAAUGAUGUGGCUAUUCAUCCCCAAAACAAGGAAAUCUACUUCACAGACACGAUCUAUGGCUAUGCCCAAGACUUCCGCCCUGCUCCCGGCCUACAGGAUCAGGUGUAUCGAUUCAACCCUGAUACAGGUGCCGUGACAGUUGUUGCGGACGGAUUCGAUCAUCCCAAUGGAUUGACAUUCUCCCCGAAUGGUGAUUACGCAUACGUCACCGAUACCGGAAUCGACAGCGGCUUUUUCGGUCUCGACUUCACCCGUCGCGCCUCCAUCUACCGAUUCGAUGUGAAAAAGGACGGCACAUUUGAGAACCGCAAGACCUUUGCCUUCGUUAAUGCCGGUGCACCCGAUGGCAUCCACUGCGACUCACGGGGUAACGUGUAUGCCGGCUGUGGCGAUGGCGUGCAGGUGUGGAAUCCAUCUGGAAAGCUUCUCGGCAAAAUCCACCUCGGAUCUACAGCAGCGAACUUCAACUUCGCUGGGAAAGGCAGAAUGGUCAUCUGUGCCGAGACAGAUCUUUACUACGCCACAUUAGCAGCGGCCGGUAGUUAUGUUGACAGUGAGAUGUGA